CUUAUCUGACCUCAAACUGUCAAUUGCUGAGAUUGAGAGACUCUGUUCUAAGAUAAGGAAGUGGGUACUAAGUGUAACGUGGAUUUGCAUACCCUCAAUCCUUUGCUACCACCAACAGCUACUUUGAUACCACUUCUGGCCACCACUAAGAGCAAUGACCCCUCUCAGGGUUCUUUUGCCAAAUUCUACACGCUGGGUCUGGAAGCCUUGGGGUGGGGUUUCCCAUUUGCACAGUGCACUCACAAACAAAUUCCUGUGAAUUCGGGGAGUUUCUGAAACCAGGCAGAGUUCAAAGAGGAGGACACCACAUUCUCUGAUCUCCUGCACUUUCUCCCUGCACCAUGGGGAAAGGCAGACGUGCUCUGUCAUGCUGUUUUCUAAUUCUUGCCCUCCUACCGGCAGCUGCCUCAGCCUACGCACAACCACAGUAUAUGGUGCUGGUCCCCUCCUCACUCCACACUGAGACCCCCGAGAAAAUCUGUCUCUUUCUGAGACACUUAACUGAAACAGUGACUGUCAGUGCUUCCCUAGAAUCUGUCAAGGAGAAAAGGAGGCUCUUCAAUGACCUCAAAGUUGACAAGGACUUAUUCCACUGUGUCUCUUUCAUACUCCCAAGAUCUUCAUCUUUUGAUGUAUUCCUCUCUGUCCACAUAAAAGGACAAACACAUGAAUUCAGGGAAGAGGCCUCAGUGCAGGUAAAGAACACAGAAAGUCUCAUCUUUGUCCAGACAGACAAACAAAUCUACAUACCAGGACAAUCAGUCAACUUUCGAAUUGUGGCUGUGGACAAAAAUUUUCACCCACUGCAUGAGUUGUGUCCACUGAUUCACAUUGAGGACCCUGGAAUGAAUCGAAUUAUGCAAUGGCAGAAUAUCAAGUUAGAGAAUGGUCUUAAGCAAUUGUCCUUCAGCCUGUCGUCAGAACCCAUUAAGGGCUCCUACAAGAUAGUGAUACAAAAACAAUCAGGAAGAAAUAUAGAGCACUCCUUCACCGUGGAAGAAUUUGUGCUUCCCAAAUUUGAAGUACAAGUGAAAGUUCCAAAGGUCAUCACUAUACUGGAUAAAGAAGUGAAUGUGUCAGUAUGUGGAAGAUACACACACGGCAAGCCUGUCCCAGGGCAUGUAACCAUGAGUAUAUGCCAAAAAUAUCUUCACCCCUUAAAUCACUUUGGCAGAAAUUUAGAGGUUGCCUGUGAGGAAGUCAGCCAGCAGCUAGAGAGCCAUGGCUGCAUCACACAACAAGUAAAUACUAGUGCAUUCGAAUUAAAGGAGCAAGAGUAUCUCACUAUGAAUCUUCAAGUGGAUGCCAAGAUUAUAGAAGAGGGGACAGAGCUGGAAUUCAAUGGAGCUGGGACAACUAAAGUCACAAGAACUAUAACAAAACUCACGUUUGCAAAAGUGGAUUCACACUUUAGACAAGGGAUUCCAUUCUCUGGGCAGGCUCGCCUCGUGGAUGGGAAAGGAGUCCCUAUACCAAAUGAACUCAUCUUCAUCCAGGCAGAUAAAGCUAACUAUCACUCUAAUGCCACCACUGAUGAGCAUGGCCUGGUGCAGUUCUCCAUCAACACCACUAAUGUUACGGAUCCCUCCCUCACUGUCACAGUCUACCACAAGGAACAGGGUUUCUGCUUUAGGUACUACUGCAUGACAAAAAAACAUCAAGAAGCGUAUCACACUGUUAAUCAUGUUUUCUCCUUAAGCAAGAGCUAUGUCUACCUUGAGCCUGUGGCUGGCACCUUGCCCUGUGGCCAAAUUCAGACAAUUCAGGUGCAUUAUAGUCUGAAUGGACAUGUCUUAGUGUUGCUGAAGGAGGUCGUCCUCUAUUACCUGAUCGUGGCCAAAGGAAGCAUCAUCCGAGCAGGAACCCAUAUUCUCCCCGUAAGGCCAGGAGAACCGAAAGGCCACAUCUCCAUGUCAGUUCCUGUGGAGUCAGACAUCGCUCCCCUUGCUCGAUUGCUCAUCUAUGCCAUUUUACCUGAUGGGGAAGUGAUUGGGGAUUCUGCAAAAUACGAGGUUGAAAAUUGUCUGCCCAACAAGGUGGGUUUGCACUUCAGCCCAGCACGCAGCCUCCCCGCCUCGCCCGCCCACCUGCGCGUCACAGCCUCCCCUGGCUCCCUCUGCGCCCUGCGCGCCGUGGACCAAAGCGUGCUGCUCCUGCGGCCCGAGGCUGAGCUCUCGGAGGCCCAGGUAUAUAGUCUGCUGCCUGGGAAGGACAUCACUGAUAUCAUUCAUAGUUUAAGUCAGCGGAUAGAAGACCAAAAAGACUGUAUCAGACCUAAUAAUGUCUCUAUUGAUAAGUACUCUGCUGUAUCCCACAGCACAGAAGAGGAUGUUUACAGCUUCAUAAGGGACAUGGACUUAAAGGUGUUCACCAACUUAAAGCUCAAACAUCCCAAAUUUUGUCCAGAAGAGAGAAGGUUCCAUCAACCAGUGGCACUUCCUUUUGUGAAACAGAAUGAGGUGAUUGAAAAUUUCCAAAUACAGCCGUUCACUGAGACUGUACGAAACUAUUUCCCUGAAACCUGGAUCUGGGACUUGAUAGUAGUCAACUCCUCAGGUGUGGCUGAAGUUGGAGUAAGAGUCCCAGAUACCAUCACUGAGUGGAAGGCAGGGGCCCUCUGCCUGUCCAAUGACACUGGACUUGGUCUCUCUCCGACUGCCUCUCUCCAAGCCUUCCAGCCCUUCUUUGUGGAGCUCACAAUGCCCUACUCUGUGAUCCGCGGAGAGGCUUUCACACUCAAGGCCACUGUCCUUAACUACCUUCCCAAAUGCAUCCGGGUGAGUGUGCAGCUGCAAGAGUCUCCUGACUUCACAGCUAUCCCAGUGGACAAAGACCAAGAUUCUUACUGCCUCUGUGCAAAUGGGAGGCAGACUGUGUCCUGGCUGGUAACUCCCAGGACACUAGGGAAUGUGAAUUUCUCUGUGAGUGCAGAAACACUGCAGUCCUCAGAGCUCUGUGGUACUGAGGUGGCUACAGUUCCUGAAAUUGGGAGAAAAGACACAGUUGUCAAACUUCUAUUAAUUGAGCCUGAAGGAAUCAAGCAGGAAUAUACCUUCAACUCCUUACUCUGUGCAUCAGAUGUUGGGGUGUCUGAAAAAUUGUCCCUGAAGCUCCCACCAAAAGUAGUGGAAGAAUCAGCCAGGGCCUCUUUCUCAGUUUUGGGUGACAUUCUAGGCGGUGCCAUAAAAAACACACAGAAUCUCCUCCAGAUGCCUCAUGGCUGUGGAGAACAGAACAUGGUCCUGUUUGCUCCUAAUAUCUAUGUACUGAAAUAUCUGAAUGAAACACAACAGCUGACUGAGGAGAUCAAGUUCAAGGCCAUCGGCUACCUCAGUACUGGUUAUCAGAGGCAGCUGAGCUACAAACACAGAGACGGCGCCUAUAGUGCCUUUGGGGACCAAAAUGGCCGGAAGCAAGGCAACACUUGGCUCACGGCCUUCGUGCUCAAGACUUUCGCCCAGGCUCGAACCUACAUCUUCAUCGACGAAGCACACAUUACCCAAGCCCUCGCCUGGCUCUCCCGAAAGCAGAAGGACAAUGGCUGUUUCAGGAGCUCUGGGUCACUGCUCAACAAUGCCCUUAAGGGUGGCGUGGAAGACGAAGUGACCCUCUCUGCCUAUAUCGCUAUCGCCCUUCUGGAGAUCCCUCUCCCUGUCACACACCCUGUUGUCCGCAGUGCCCUGCUCUGCCUGGAGUCAGCUUGGACAAGCACACAGGAAGAGGUCCACGACAGCCAUGUCUACACCAAGGCACUGCUGGCCUACGCCUUUGCCCUGGCCGGUAACCAGGACAGAAGGAGAGAGAUACUGAAAUCACUUGAUAAGGAAGCUAUAAAAGAAGACAAUGUAAUACAUUGGGAACGACCUCAGAAACCUGAGGCACCAGAGGGGCAUUUAUACCCACCGCAGGCUCCCUCCGCUGAGGUGGAGAUGACAUCCUACGUGCUCCUAGCUUACCUCACGGCCCAGCCCGCCCCGACCCCAGAGGAGCUGACCUCUGCAACGCACAUUGUGAAGUGGAUCACAAAGCAACAGAAUUCUCAUGGGGGCUUCUCCUCCACCCAGGACACAGUGGUGGCUCUCCAUGCUUUGUCUAUAUAUGGAGCAGCCACUUUUGCCAGAACUGGGAAAGCUGCUUCAGUGACCAUCCAGUCUUCAGGGAAAUUUUCAAAAAAAUUCCAAGUGGAGAACACCAACCUCCUGUUACUACAGCAGGUCUCAUUGCCAGACAUUCCCGGAGAGUACACCAUAAGUGUGUCAGGGGAAGGCUGUGUGUACCUCCAGACAGCUCUGAAAUACAAUGUUUUCUUGGAGAAGAAGGAAUCUGCAUUCAAUCUGCAAAUACAGACAAUACCCCAAACUUGUGACGGACCUGAACCCCACAGAAGCUUCCAAAUCUCACUACAAGUCACCUACACAGGGAGCCGCCCCGCCUCCAACAUGGUGAUUGUUGAUGUAAAGAUGGUAUCUGGUUUCAUUCCCCUGAAACCAACAGUGAAAAUGCUUGAACUGUCUAGCCAUGUUAGCAGGACAGAAGUGAGCAACAGCAAUGUCUUGAUUUACAUAGAACAGGUUAGCAGUCAGGCACUGAGUUUUUCCUUCACUGUUACGCAAGACAUCCCUGUAAGAGACCUGAAACCUGCUAUUGUGAAAGUCUAUGAUUACUAUGAGACAGAUGAAGCAGCUUUUGCUGAAUACAGUGCCCCCUGCAAUACAGACACAGAGCAAGGAAAUGCUUGAGGCCCAUAUCAAUAAACAAGGCUUUGUGGGAAUCCCAAGAACCAGGAUUCCAAAAGGACUGUUUUGUCUCCAUAAUAUAGAUGCUAACCAAGCUUAGUAAAUAAAUAUAUAUU